AUGAAAUUGCUCCUGAUCAGCCUUGUCCAGUUGCUUUGGAUUUCGCUGGUUUCUUGCGUUGGAUGGAAGCUGGACGACUCGAUCGUGGGUGAGGACUACUUCAACAAGUUCAAUUUUUAUGCUGGUCCUGAUGGUGCAGAAAACAUGACGCAUGGAAUGGUCCAGUAUGUGGAUAUGCCCAAUGCCAAACGUCUGAAUCUCUCGUACGCCAACGGCGAUAGUUUUGUGAUGCGUGUGGAUACUACAAUGAAGCAGCCGAAUGGAAGACCAAGCGUUCGUCUGCACUCAAAAAAGACGUACGAAGACUCAGUGAUUGUGUUGCAAGUGGCGCAUGUUCCGACGGGCUGCGCGGUUUGGCCGGCAUUUUGGACGGUUACGGAGAACAGGCCCCUCUGGCCCAAGGGUGGUGAAAUUGAUAUGCUAGAAAAUGCUAAUGACCAGUACCCAUACAACCUUGCUGCAGUCCACGUCAACACGUCCUGUGCUGUGACGAACCCGGAACAAACGGGCACCACGGUGUUUGAUCAGUGCAAUGCUUACGCCAAUGAUAGCUCAGGAUGCCGUAUUGCUAUGAAUGGCACCGACGCAGGUGCAACGUGGGGACAUAAGUUGAAUGAAAAGGGUGGUGGCACCGUGGCGAUGCAGCGCGACUUCAGCGAAGGAGGCAAGGGUAUCCGAAUGUGGUUCUGGGAAAACUGUAUGGAGCCUUCUGAGUUGAAAAAGCCAGGAGAAUCAGUGGAUCCUGACAGUUGGGGUACGCCGGCGGCAGACUUUGGUCUUACGCAGUGCGCAGACCAAUUUGACAACCACAAUAUUAUUUUCGAUAUUACAUUGUGCGGUGACUGGGCUGAAGAGACUUACACUGAAACCUCUUGCCCUUCGAACUACAAGUCUUGCGGCUACCAAGUUGGUAAUCUCGGAAACACUUUCGAGAACGCAUUUUGGGAUGUCAAGGGAUUGUACAUUUACACGCCCGAUGCUAGUGGCUCUUCAUCGAGCAAAUCUAAGCGCAGCUCGAAAGACGACAAAACAUGUGCCAUCAAAAACAUGCCUUCUAGUGCCAUGAGUCACAGCCCGAGCGCCUUGUUGCUUUUGGUUACACUUUUCUUCAGUAUAUUCCUAUAG